GCCGGCGCGCGGUCCCGCCCCAGCGCUUGUGGGUCCCCGCGGGGCGAUGGGUUGAUGGGCGCUGGGGGAUGCAGGAUGCGGGGGGCGCCCGCGCGCCUGCUGCUGCUGCUGCUGCUGCCGCCGCUGCUGCUCCUGGCGCCCAAGACUCGGGGCGCGCCCGGCUGUCCCGUUCCCAUCCGCAGCUGCAAGUGCUCGGGGGAGCGGCCCAAGGGACUGAGCAGCGGCGCCCCCAACCCCGCGCGCAGAAGGGUGGUGUGCGGCGGCGGAGACCUCCCGGAGCCUCCAGAACCCGGCCUUCUGCCCAACGGCACUGUGACCCUGCUCUUGAGCAACAACAAGAUCACUGGACUCCGCAAUGGAUCCUUCUGGGGACUGUCCCUGCUGGAGAAGUUGGACUUGAGGAACAAUGUCAUCAGCACUGUGCAGCCUGGAGCCUUCCUGGGCUUGGGGGAGCUGAAGCGCUUAGAUCUCUCUAAUAACCGGAUUGGCUGUCUCUCCUCUGAGACCUUCCAAGGCCUUCCCAGAUUGCUCAGACUAAACAUAUCUGGAAACAUCUUCUCCAGUCUGCAGCCUGGGGUUUUUGACGAGCUGCUAGCCCUUAAGGUGGUGGACUUUGGCACCGAGUUCCUGACUUGUGACUGCCAUCUGCGCUGGCUGCUGCCUUGGGCCCGGAAUCAUUCCCUGCAGCUAUCUGAACGCACACUCUGUGCCUAUCCCAGCACCCUGCAUGCCCAGGCCCUGGGUAGCCUCCAGGAGGCUCAGCUCCGUUGUGAGGGGACUCUGGAGCUGCACACACACCACCUCAUCCCAUCCUUGCGCCAAGUGGUGUUCCAGGGUGAUCGGCUGCCCUUCCAAUGCUCUGCCGGCUACCUGGGCAACGACACCCACAUCCACUGGUACCACAAUGGGGCACCCGUAGAGGGUGAUGAGCAGGCAGGCAUCAUCCUGGCUGAGAGUCUCAUUCAUGACUGCACCUUUAUCACCAGCGAGCUGACCCUGUCUCACAUCGGCGUGUGGGCCUCCGGCGAGUGGGAGUGCUCUGUGUCCACAGUCCAGGGCAACGCGAGCAGGAGGGUGGAGAUAGUGGUGCUGGAGACGUCCGCCUCCUACUGCCCUGCUGAGCGCGUGGCCAACAGUCGCGGGGACUUCAGAUGGCCCCGAACACUGGCGGGCAUCACAGCCUACCAGUCUUGCCUACAGUAUCCCUUCACCUCGGUGCCCCUGAGUAGAGGGGCCCCAGGUACCCGAGCCUCACGCCGCUGUGAUCGAGCUGGCCGCUGGGAGCCAGGGGACUACUCCCACUGUCUGUACACCAAUGACAUCACCAGGGUGCUCUACACCUUUGUGCUGAUGCCCAUCAAUGCCUCCAAUGCACUAACCCUGGCCCACCAGCUGCGUGUGUACACCGCGGAGGCCGCCAGCUUCUCAGACAUGAUGGAUGUAGUCUAUGUGGCUCAGAUGAUCCAGAAAUUUUUGGGUUAUGUUGACCAGAUCAAAGAGCUGGUGGAGGUGAUGGUGGACAUGGCCAGUAACCUGAUGCUGGUGGAUGAGCACCUUCUGUGGCUGGCCCAGCGUGAGGACAAGGCCUGCAGUGGCAUCGUGGGUGCCCUGGAGCGCAUUGGGGGAGCUGCCCUCAGCCCCCAUGCCCAGCACAUCUCUGUGAACUCACGGAACGUGGCUUUGGAGGCCUACCUCAUCAAGCCGCACAGCUAUGUGGGCCUGACCUGCACUGCCUUCCAGAGGAGGGAGGUAGGAGCGUCAGGGACGUCGCUGGGCAACGCUGGCCAGAACACCUUGCCCGAGCCCGAGCCCCUGGCCGACCAGCAGCUCCGCUUCCGCUGCACCACUGGGAGGCCCAACAUCUCGCUGUCCUCCUUCCACAUCAAGAACAGCGUGGCCCUGGCCUCCAUCCAGCUGCCUCCCAGCCUGUUCUCAACCCUUCCGGCUGCCCUGGCUCCCCCAGGCCCCCCAGAUUGCACCCUGCAGCUGCUGGUCUUCCGAAAUGGCCGCCUUUUCCGCAGCCAUGGCAACACUUCCCGCUCUGGAGCAGUUGGGCCUGGCAAGAGGCGUGGCGUGGCCACUCCGGUCAUCUUUGCAGGAACUAGUGGCUGUGGUGUGGGAAACCUGACGGAGCCAGUGGCUGUUUCACUACGGCACUGGGCUGAGGGGGCCGACCCCAUGGCAGCUUGGUGGAACCAGGAAGGGCCAGGGGGCUGGAGCUCUGAAGGCUGCCAGCUCCGCUCCAGCCAGCCCAAUGUCAGCUCCCUGCAUUGCCAGCACUUGGGCAAUGUGGCCGUGCUCAUGGAGCUGAGUGCUUUUUCCCGGGAGGCAGGGGGCUCCGGGGCUGGGCUGCAUCCUGUUGUGUACCCCUGCACAGCCUUACUGCUGCUCUGCCUCUUCUCCACCAUCAUCACCUACAUCCUUAACCACAGCUCCAUCCAUGUGUCCCGCAAGGGCUGGCACAUGCUGCUGAAUCUGUGUUUCCACAUGGCCAUGACCUCUGCUGUCUUUGCUGGGGGCAUCACACUCACCAAUUACCAAAUGGUUUGCCAGGCGGUGGGCAUCACUCUACACUACUCUUCGUUGUCCACACUGCUUUGGAUGGGGGUGAAGGCCCGCGUCCUUCACAAGGAGCUCACCUGGAGGGCACCCCCUCCACAAGAAGGGGAUGCCACCCCACCUGGUCCCCGCCCCAUGCUCCGGUUCUAUUUGAUUGCUGGAGGGAUCCCCCUCAUAAUCUGUGGCGUCACGGCUGCGGUCAACAUCCACAACUACCGGGACCACAGUCCCUACUGCUGGCUGGUGUGGCGUCCGAGCUUGGGUGCUUUCUACAUCCCGGUGGCCUUGAUUCUGCCGGUCACCUGGAUCUACUUCCUGUGUUCGGGGCUGCACUUAAGGAGUCAUCUGGCCCAGUGCCCAAAGGGAGGCAACAGCAGGCUUUCCCUGGAGCCAGGAGAAGAACUGAGGAGUCCCGCCAGGCUCCGGGGCGGCGGGGCCCUCCUGAGUGACUCGGGUUCCCUUCUGGCCGCGGGCAGCGCUGGGACGGGGACGCCGGCGCCCCGGGAGGACGGGGACGGUCUGUAUUCCCCGGGGGCGCAGCUGGGGGCGCUCGUGACCACACACUUCCUGUACCUGGCCAUGUGGGCGUGCGGGGCUCUGGCCGUGUCCCAGCGCUGGCUGCCCCGCGUGGUCUGCAGCUGCCUGUACGGGGCGGCCGCCUCGGCCCUGGGCCUCUUCGUCUUCGCGCACCACUGCGCCCGGCGCACGGACGUCCGCGCCUCCUGGCGCGCCUGCUGUCCCCCGGCCGCCUCGGCCUCCCGAGCCCCGCCGCGGGCGCUGGCCCCGGCUUCGGAGGACGGCUCCCCCGCGCCGGGCGAGGGGCCCGCCUCCCUCACGUCCUCCCCCGGCGGCGGCAGCGGCGGCGGCCGCGGGCCGCCCGGGGCCCCCUGCAAACUCACCAACCUGCAGCUGGCCCAGAGCCAGGCGUGCGAGGCCGGGCUGGCGGCCCGCGAGAACGGAGAGCCGGACUCCACGGGCUCCCGGGGCAGCCUCGCCGCCCGCCACGCCAACAACCUGCACCACGGGCGCCGCGCGCACAAGGGUCGGGCCAAGGGGCACCGCGCCGGGGAGGCGGGCGGCAGGAGCCCGCUCCGGGCCCUGCGCGCGGGGGCGGCCGCCGGCGCGCCCGAGCUGCUGUCCAGCGAGAGCGGCAGCCUGCGCCACAGCCCCUCCGACAGCUACCUGGGCAGCAGCCGCAACAGCCCCGGCGCCGGCCUCCCGUUCGACGGCGAGCCCGUGCUCACGCCGUCGGAGGGCAGCGACGCCAGCGCCGCCCCGUUCCCCGAGGCCGGGCGGCCCGGGCCGCGCUGCAGCGCCAGCCGCGACAACCUCAGGGGCGGCGCGCUGGAGAAGGAGAGCAAGCGCCGCUCGUACCCGCUCAACACCGCCAGCCUCAACGGUGCCCCCAAGGGGGGAAGGUAUGAGGACGCCGGCGUGACCGGGGCAGAGGCCGCGGGGGGCUGCUCUAUGAAGACUGGCCUCUGGAAAAGCGAGACUACCGUCUAGGGCGAGGACAGCCCGGGCACUCGUUACCCCAGCUCCUCCCGGGCCAUCAGAGACGUCUCGUGGGACGUCAGUUGGCUGGAGGUGGCCUUGCUGAUGUCAGGCUGCUCCGGGGCUCACCGGCUCUAAGUCCUGAGGCUGGGGAAAGAACAGGCGGAUGUUUGCCACGUGCCUGGAGGGUCACCCUUCUGCAGUAGGGACAAUCUCAGAAAUCGCUCAAACUGGGUUUGACGGCCAGGGGUGAUCCGUGAAUGGAGUGGAAAGGCCCAGCCCCAGGAGGGCUCAGGAAAACAGGUGAGGAGAGGAGCCCGAGAAUCCAGUUCACUGCCUAGAUCCCAGGCCUAACCCCAGGGAGCCAUCCUAGGAGAUGAGCCAGGUGCCAGGCCCGGUGGGAGUAGCAGGUGCUGCUUUUCAGGUUAACUAUGCAAGCGGAGUCCUCUGGGAGGGGAGCAGACAUCCUCAGUGGAGUUGGUGUACAAACCCUACAGCAGUAUUCAGAAGAAAGCCGGAGCCCAAGGAACACGCUGUAGGGUUGACCUGAGCAAAGGAGGGAGUGGGUACUUGGCUUAGGCUCAGCCUGUAAGCAAUGCUAACAGUAGCUCCGCCACAGGCCGUAGGUGUCCAAGCACUGUUCAAUUACAAAUCUGGUCCCAGCUUCCCAAGACAUUGGGGGAAGGAAUGCCUCGGUAGGCCUUAUGGGAACCAUACCAAUCUGAUUUCUAACUCGACAGUAAGGAGGAACCUCCAGAGUGUCAGUUUUUCAAGUCGGAAGUGAACCAAACCCCGAGGCAGCAGCUAGGGUCCUGGCUGUUCGAGGGUCUGUGGCCUUACUACUUCUAAAAUUGCAGUGUCCAACUUUUCCCCAAUGACAGUGCAAUCACCAGGCUUCUAGCACAGGACCACCUGGAAGUACAGGGAACCCUGGGCUUUGUGAAGAGCCACAGGGAACCCUCCCUCAGUGUCACCCAGGUCUGGUCCGGUGGAGAGGACAUGAAGGAGGGGAGGAGCCCAUGCUCCCUGAGAUGGGUCCUGUUAUUUAUGCUUGCUGCACAAGACGACAGUAGAAGAAAAAGCUUUGUAUUAUUUUUCCACAUAUGCUGGCUGCUGUUUACACACCCUGCCAAUGCCUUAGCACUGGAGAGCUUUUUGCAAUACGCUGGGGAAAGGGGAGGGAGGGAAUGAAAAGUGCCAAAGAAAACAUGUUUUUAAAAGCUUGGGUUUUAUACAAUAGAAUUUUUCUAGCAGAUGCCUCUUGUUUUAAUAUAUUAAAAUUAAAGCCCUUCGAGCUGUAA